CCGGCAACCACACCACACCACGCUCCGGACGUCCACCGCCUACCAACCCCAACUCGUCCUACUCGCUCUCGCUGCUGCUGCCGCCUGACGACGCCUUCGCAUCGCACCCACACCGAACCGGGCCGGCAAGCUCUUUCUUUUCCCUCGUCAGACGCCAGCGAGCUCAGCUCAGCUGCUGCUUCAGUCAGCUCGCCGCGCGCCGCAGCUUCCGCCCCCUCCGCCCGCCGGCUCGCCCGCCGCGAGCUUCCCUCCCCUCCCCUGCCCCCACGGAAUGCCCUCCCCGCCCGGCCGGCCGGAAGAGUAGCGGCGGUAGGCGGCGUCCGGACCGAUGGCGGGGCGGCCGGGGUACGUCACCCUGCCGAUAAUCUCGGUGCUCGCCGCGAUCGGGUACGUCUACUACACCACGGUGUUCCUCGCGGUCCCCGCGUGGCUGGGGCUCGCCACGGCGGCGGGGGUCGCCAACGCCGCGGCCUACACCGCGCUCGCGCUCGCCUGCGUCGCCACCUACGGCCUCGCCAUCACGCGCGACCCGGGCCGCGUGCCGCCGGCCUUCGUGCCCGACGUCGAGGACGCCCAGACCCCCAUCCACGAGAUCAAGCGUAAGGGUGGUGAUUUGAGAUAUUGCCAGAAGUGUUCACAUUAUAAACCUCCUCGUGCACAUCAUUGUCGUGUCUGCAAGAGAUGCAUUCUGAGAAUGGAUCAUCACUGCAUUUGGAUUAACAAUUGUGUUGGACACGAGAAUUACAAGAUUUUCCUAGUGUUUGUGCUAUAUGUUGCAACCGCAAGCCUCUAUUCUAUGAUUCUGAUAAUUGGGGCUGCUGUGCAUAGUGCACCUAAAGAUGAACAAUCAGGCAGUGAUUCCCCAAGAUCAUCAAUAAUUAUUUGCGGUGUCAUUCUAUGUCCAAUACUAUUGUCCACGUCAAUUCUCUUGGGUUGGCAUGUUUACCUCAUCUUGCAUAAUAAAACCACUAUCGAGUACCAUGAAGGAGUUAGGGCGAUGUGGUUGGCAGAAAAGGCUGGAAAUCUUUACCAUCAUCCAUAUGAUCUCGGGUUCUAUCAUAAUACAUUUUCAGUGCUAGGGCCCAAUAUAUUGUGCUGGCUCUGCCCUGUAUCAAGGAACACAGGCAAUGGCAUUCGAUUCCGCACAUCAUAUGAUAUUCCAUUAUCCACAUCAGCAUUCAAAAAAGAAGAGCAUUUGUCAAUGUCUUGAAACUCUUGCAUUGAGAGUGUAUUCUGUGGGAUUCAAAUGUGUGAAUGUAAGAUACAAGGGGAGCAGCUUUGAGAGGGUCUCCUUCGGGCUCCAAGAAUAUAUGUUAAGUUAGAAAUCCUAACUUAGUUUAGUUAUCCCAGUCUAUUUGACAUACUUGAUGAGAAAAGUGCUGAUUCCGCUGUAAAUCUGGAGUAGUCUGUAUACAGAGGCCUGGGCUGAAGGCUCAAAAAGACUGCUCCUCUGUUGUAAUGUAAAUGGCUGAAGUUCGUUGCGGUCUCAUGUCAUAGGGACAAAUAUCCAAGGUACUCAAAUCUGUAUAGAGAGUUGUUCUUAAAUAGAAGUUGGCAUUCGUGGAA